GGCGCGCUGGGGCAGGUCUGGGCCGCCCGGGAGCGCGCUCCGGGGCCCUCGGGGGCGCGAUCUCCUCCCCCCGCCCCUUUGUGUGCCUUUGGCGCCUUCCUGGCGGUCUCCCCGGCGGCGGCGGCUCUCGGGGCUCUCGGGGCUCCCUGGCUGGGCUGGGCUCGGGCUGCGCAGCCAUGGACAUCAAGAGGCGGGUUUCGCUGGAGCUGCGGAACAGGAAGCCCGGGGAGGUGAAGGAUCUAGUCUUGGAUAACUGCUUCUCAGAUGAUGGGAAAAUCGGAGGCCUGUCUUCAGAAUUUGAAAACCUUGAGUUUCUCAGCAUGGUUGACAUCAGCCUUGUGUCUUUGGCCAACCUACCCAAGCUUCCCCGACUGCGAAAGUUGGAGCUCAGUGAUAACCACAUCUCUGGAGGUCUGGAGGUCCUGGCAGAACGAACACCCAGCCUGGUCCAGUUAAACCUCAGUGGGAACAAAAUCAAGGACAUCAACACACUGGAGCCCCUGAAGAAGCUGCCUAACCUCAAGAGCCUGGACCUUUUCAAAUGCGAUGUGACCAUGCUGAUGAGCUACAGGGAGAGUGUGUUUGCCCUCUUGCCCCAGCUCACCUACCUCGAUGGCUACGAUGCAGAUGACAAGGAAGCUCCAGACUCUGAACCAGAGGCCGAUAGGGAGGGCCUGGACAGUGUUUGCGGAGAGAAUGGGGAAGUAAUAGGUGAAGAAGAAGAAGAGGAGGAGGAGGAAGAGGAGGAGGAGGAGGAGCUUGAUGAGGAUGUAAUUGAUGAUGAGGAGGAUGAGGAUGAUGAAGAUGUUGAUGGAGAAGAAGAUGAGGAGGAGGAAGAGGAAGAGGAGGAUGAGGAAGAAGAUGGGGUAGAGGAUGAGGAGGAUGAGGAGGAUGAAGAUGAUGAUGGAGAGGAGGAUGAAGAAGAAGAGGGAGAAGAGCCCCAACAUGGAGAGAAAAGGAAACGAGCUGUGGAUGAUGAGGGGGACGACAGCGAAGAAGACGAGGAGGACUGAGUCAGCUGCCCUGCCCUGCAGUCAGUGAGCAAGCAGCGGCUUACAGACAGACUCUGCCAGCUUGCCCUUGCCCUUUGAUCCCCCAGCCCUGGGCGCCACUGGCCCUGGGGUCUGUUCUUUUCCAGAAGGGGCUCCACCGGCACUGCUUGGCCAGGGGAUUCGGUGACCAAAGGAUCUCUCCGUUUUCAGGGGUGUUUCGUGCAACGAUUUGUUGGAAUUCUUUCUAAAUCUUUGUUUCCAAGAAAAAUGUGUCCCAUGCCCUGCCUGGGCCCCGAAGGGGCAGGGGCUCUGGCACUUUCUCAGGAUAAACCUUGCAGCCCCCUCCCUCUUCCCUCUUAUUGGUCUUUUUAAAUAAAUAAAAACUGGAAUUUUUUA